AUGAGGAAAUGCUCGAUCUGGAGAUCCGAUCACAUGUUUCAGCUGAAACUGCAGAUGGUCUGAAGAUGAGCUCCUUAUCUUAGCAUCUCUAAUGCUGUUCAAAAAGUUCAAAAAAAGAAGCCCUGAAAAUCCUUCACAUCAAACUUCAAUCCUGUAUUUAUGUUUGUAUGUAACCAGAAACCCUGACACGAGAGUGGUACAGAAGACACCAAAUGUCAAGCUUCCUCUUCUCUGGGUGGACGCCGCCUCCUCCUCUGAACACAGUCACAUGCUGACAGACCCGCACUCUGCAGACAGUACAGCCUGUGGACUGUUCUUCAUCCGUGAGCACCCGCUCCUCUGGCACAGCCAUCAGAGACGGAUCAGGAGGACCAUCAGCCUCUAACUCUUUCCUUUCCUCCUUCAGUAGAAACCAACAUAAAGAUGUUUGAAGCUGUCUGUAUUGUGGGUUCAUUGUUUGGUUCUGCAGAAGGACAACAAGGAUGUGAGUCCUGUUACCUGAUAAACAUGGGGUCUGUGGUGGCCAUUAUUGCCUCUGACAUUAUCUUAACCAUCUUCAUUGCUGUUUCCGUGUUCUGCUUCGCGAUUUAUCACAAGAGGAGGAGAGAGUGGGAUUCUCCUGAUGGUAGAAGAAACCUGCCGUCAUCUGCAUCAAAGAAAAUGGCAGCAGAGGUCACAGAAUCUCCCUACCAGGAGUUACAUGGAGUCCAGUCAGAUGUGUACAGUGAGCUUCAGCACUUUAGGAAAUGAAACUGAGGAGAAAAAACUCCCAACAAAGUCUGUAACUAUUUUCAAAAGCUAUGAGCACAAUAUACUACACACUCGCUCGAACAAAUCUUGACCUACCUACACUUCUGCAGCAUUAUAGGUAAUAACAGAAUAUAUAUAUUAUUUUGAAUGAAAUGGAUUCAUAUAUAUUCAUUGAUGAUUGUGUUGUGUUUCAUGUGUUGUUCACUGUAUUACAUUCUCUUUUUUUGUAAAUAUUAA